CACACACUCUCACACACAACCGGUCCUACAACAUGACAGCAUUUUUGUCCUUCCACAGUGUGUAGCUGUGUGGAUGUGUAGUUGUGUAGUUGUGGCUCCAGUAGAUAUGGGAUCUGUGAACAUGUUUCUCACGCGAACCAGCCGCUGGUCUAUAAGAGUUGUGAGGAACCAGGUCCACUUCACAGACGGAUCCAGCAGCGAGCGGGAUGGCAGCUCAGAGGACGAGGACAGCUCUGAUUGUGUACGCCCACCAGAGCCCGGGCUCCUUCAACGCGGCGCUCCGGGACUCGGCGGUUCAGGAGCUGACGGAUCAGGGCUUCAGGGUCACGGUGUCUGACCUCUACGCCAUGACCUUCAGGGCCAACGCCACACGGGAUGACAUCAGCGGUGACCUGAGGAACUGCACGCUGUUCCAGUACGGAGAGGAGACCAUGCACGCCUGGAUGGAGGGGCGCCUCAGUGACGACAUAGUUACAGAGCAACGCAAAGUGGAAGAGGCGGAGCUGAUCAUCUUCCAGUUUCCUCUGUACUGGUUCAGUGUGCCCGCCAUCAUGAAGGGCUGGAUGGACCGAGUCCUCACACAAGGUUUCGCCUUCUCCAUGGACAAGAUGUACAAUCAUGGUAUUUUCAAGGAUAAGAAGGCCAUGUUGUCCUUCACGACUGGAGCCACACAGACGAUGUUCCGCCCUGACGGCCUCAACGGAGACAUCAACGUCUCACUGUGGCCUCUGCAGAACGGCACUCUGCACUUCUGUGGCUUCCAGGUUCUCGCUCCUCAGAUAUUCUGGAGUCCGGCUCAUUGCCCCCCCCCUGUGCGAGCUGCGAUGCUGGACGGCUGGCGAGCGCGACUGAAAGGCCUGCUGGCGGAGAAGCCCUUGACCUUUGCCCCCUGUGAGCUGUUUGACCUCAGCUUCCAGGGGGGGUUCUCCCUGUGGCCCAAGGUGAAGGAGGACCAGGAGUCGCAGCCCUACGGCCUCACCACGGGCCACCACCUGGGGAAACCACUGCCACCGGACAACCAGACCACGGCUCCGCCCGCAGAGGCACCGGGAGCAAAGGACUCUUAAUACACAUCUAGAGUCGUAUUAUGAUCGUUACUGGCUCUGGUGGAGAGUAACAUCUACUGAAGAUGAGUUUGUUCAUAAUGAAGAUGAGUUUGUUCAUAUGAAGAUGAGUUGGUUCAUACUCCACCACAUUUACAUGACAGAGCUUUUAUAUCUUUUACUCAACUAAAACUUUGAAUUCUACUUCUGGAGGAAAUUUUGUUUUUAUUUGUGUCUAUUGAAUUUCCCUCUGUCCUCUGUUCUGGACUCAUUUGAUAUGGGCGUGGCCAAUGAGUCAAUAGCCCCCCCCCCCACCAAACGCAACUCCUCAUUUCGCUUUCACCAAUCUUCACGAAAUUCGUUACACACGUGAAUCAUGACCAGACACACAAAAAAGUCUCGAGGGGCAUUAAGAAAGAAGCAACAGGACCUCUGGCCUUUUCGCUCCCACUUUACACGAUGUGUGUUUCACUUCAUCUCAACAACAUGGAGAUUAACACUACCUUGACUUUCUGUCUGGUCACUGUGGUUCUGUGGCGACGCAGUUUGACUACACGCCAUCAAAACACGAGGUCAUUGUAUAACGUCACAGUGUCAGUGGUUAUACAUUCCUUUGAUGUCUUACAUGUUGCAAAGGUGGAAGAUAUGAUCUGGAUGUUUUUGACCUGAUCAGAUCUGUUAGUCUGUAUGAAGUCAUAAUGAAAGUUAAAGGGUCAGUCACGUUCUGGCAACAGGAAGAAAGCCUCGUUUAAAUCUUCAAAUCGAUUUACAUAAACACUUUGUUGUGUGUCUGCAAGUAUCUGAGGAUCAGGACGAUUUUAUUUAAAUGAUGCUGUACAGAUCAAAUGUAUCAUUAUUAUUGUAUAAUGUUCAGAUUGUAAAGCCCUUUAAGGCACAUUUUUGAUUUUGAACCAUAUAUAUUAAACUGACUUAACUUGA